AUGCAUAGAGACUUUUCCAUCCCAGGGCUCUUAGCCCUCACUUUAGCAGGCGUUUGCACAGCUCAAACAGCAUGCACUGCUUCAGUGUAUUCCCAAAUCGCUCCUUGUGUUGCAUCCUCGACAGCAAUUGUGCUGAACAAUAUAUAUGCACCAUCAGGAAGCAGUAUUGACUUGACUAAAGUCAAGGCCGGUACUAAAAUCACUUUUGCCGGGAAAACAACUUUUGGAUUCACCAACGAUAGUAGCUUCGACCCAAUAAAAUUAUCGGGCUCGGGAAUUCACGUCACCGGUGCGCCAGGUGCAGUCAUUGAUGGCAAUGGCCAAGCUUAUUGGAAUGGGUAUGGCUCGAACGAUGAUGUGCCAAAGCCAAAUCAUUUUAUCGCUGCCUCGAAAUUGGUUGGCGGUUCCGUGAUCGAGAAUCUAUAUAUUCAGAACUGGCCGGUCCAUCUUUUCACUAUUACCGGUGCUGUUGGGCUGACCGUCCAGAACCUGAUUCUUAACAACACAGCAGGAGACGUGCCGAAUGCUGCCAGUGGUACUUUGCCUGCAGCUCACAAUUCGGAUGGAUUCGAUCUGAGCUCGAGCAUAGACACGAUAAUCAGGAAUUCAUCCGUUUACAAUCAGGAUGACUGCGUAGCUGUUACGAGCGGGAACAACAUUACCAUUGAUGGAUUGUAUUGCUCAGGUGGCCAUGGUCUUUCCAUCGGAUCUGUAGGUGGAAAGAGCAAUAACAAUGUGACAAACAUUACUUUUAAAAAUAGUCAAAUCGUCAACUCCAGCAACGGAGCUCGCAUCAAGUCCAACGAAGGAACCACCGGCUUCAUCUCCAACAUCACAUACAGUAAUAUUAAGCUCACCAACAUUGAUACCUAUGGCAUCGAUGUACAACAAGAUUACUUAAACGGAGGCCCAACAGGAAACCCAACAAACGGUGUCCUUAUCCAGAAUAUUUUGUUCCAAAAUGUGACUGGAACAGCCGCAGCUAGCGCCAGAAACUACUACGUGCUCUGUGGAUCCGGAAGUUGUAACAAUAUUACUUUCUCUGGAGUUAAGAUUACUGGAGGAGCAGUAGCAAGUACUUGUAACUAUCCAUCAACCGGCUGUCCUAAGUAG